AUGGCCAGCAAAGUAAAGGAUCCGGCUGCGAUUGAGCACGCCAAGACACUCACCAACAUCCCGUGGUGUGAGGAUUACGAAAAAAUGAUAUCAGGAAUGCUGUACAAUUCUCAAGCCCCGGAGCUGGUCGAGGGGAGAUUUCGGGCUCGGAAGCUUAUCCACAAAUACAACUCUUAUUUCCCCGACGACGCCACCAACGACACUCUGGUUGCCGAAAGAGAGAAGAUGCUCAAUGAAGCGCUUGGCAAAAUCGGAUCAAAUCCCUUCAUUGAGACGCCGUUCAACAUAGAUUAUGGGUGCAACACCUCCAUCGGAGACAACUUCUACGCCAACUUCAACCUUGUUAUUCUCGAUUGUGGCAUGGUCACCAUUGGCCACCGCGUCCUAUUCGGUCCCUUCGUUUCAAUAUUCGGCGCCACACACGAGACUGAUGUGCAGUCGCGUCGCAACGGCAUCGAGUACGGCGGCAGCGUCACCAUUGGAGAUGACUGCUGGAUAGGUGGCAAUACCACCAUCAUGCCGGGCGUGACGAUUGGAAAGGGAUGCACAAUAGGCGCGGGAAGCAUCGUCACAAAGUCGAUUCCAGACUUUUCUGUUGCGGUUGGCUCACCAGCAAAGGUGAUCAAGAAGGUCAACCCUGUUCCAGAUCUAUGA